AUGCCAAAGAACUACCAGUACAUUCUGGCUCUUGUAUUUGCAAUAAAGGAGAUCAAUGAGGAUUCCAUGAUUCUUCCCAAUGGCACUUUGGGCUUACACAUCUUGGAUAACUACUGUAGUAGACAAAUCACAUAUGAUGCCACCCUGCGCCUGCUUUCCACCAAGAACAGGUUUAUCCCUAACUACAAAUGUGACCCUGAGAACCAUUUGAUGGCUGUCAUUGGAGGACUUGAUUCUGAAACCUCUCUUUAUAUGGCCACAAUAUUAAACUUUUACAAGAUUCCACAGAUCACAUAUGGAUCACUUGUUUUAGGACUGAGUGAUGAAAUUCUUCUUCCUUCCUUAUAUCGGAUGGUUCCAAAUGAAGACAGUCAGUACUCUGGGAUUGUUCAGUUGCUGAUAUAUUUUAGAUGGACAUGGAUCGGCCUGUUUGCAGUGAAUGAUGACAAUGGAGAAAGAUUUUUCCAAGUCAUUGUGCCUAUGCUUUUUGAAAAUCAUAUCUGUUUUGCUUUUAUCAAAAGAACACAUAAAUGGGCUGAUCUGGCUGAACUUUUAGACUUAUUUCUAGACGAUCUGGAAACAUUUCCAAGUCUUAUGAAAAGCAAAGCCAAUGUAUUUAUUGCCCAUGGUACCCAGGAGUCCAUGCUUAAUUUAAUCUGGUAUCUUCAGGUGGCUGCUUGGGAUUCACAUAUUGGUAAAGUAUGGGUUGUGACAGAACAGUGGGAUUUCACAUUACCUGACUAUCAAAAGAACAUGGAUAUUCUUCCUUUCCAAGGUGCUAUAUCUUUUUCAGUUCAUUCAAAUGAAGUACCAGGAUUUACGGCAUUUCUUGACAAUGUAAAGCCUUUCUGGAGAAGAGAAGAUGGUUUUAUUAAAGAUUUUUGGGAAAAGGCUUUUAGCUGUUCAUUGAAAAAUUACAAGAUAACUGAAAAUGAGGAGCACAAGAAAAAAUGCACAGGAAAAGAGAAGCUGGAGAGCCUUCCAAGAACUUUCUUUGAAAUGAGAAUGACUGGCCAAAGCUACAAUAUCUACAAUGCUGCCCAUGCCAUUGCACAUACUCUACACACUAUUUAUGAAGCUAAAGCAAAAUACAGAAGAAGGGUGCCUGGAGGAAUCCUAAAGUUUUGGAAUCUCCAGCCAUGGCAGUUUCAUCCCUUUCUAAGAGGUAUCUCAUUCAAUAACAGUGCUGGAGAAAUUGUGCAUUUUGAUGAAAAUGGUAAACUAGUAACUGGAUUUGAUGUUAUAAAUUGGGUAACUUUCCCCAAUCAAUCAUAUGUUAGAGUCAGAUUUGGAACUCUGGAUCCUCUGGCACCUCAAAGCAAAGAAUUAUCCAUUCAUGAUGAAAGCAUUGUGUGGCACAGAAUGUUUAACCAGGUAUUGCCAAUUUCUGUAUGUAAUGACCAGUGUCAUACUGGUCUCCAUAAGGAAAAAAAGGAAGGGGAACCAUUUUGCUGCUAUAUUUGUGUACCAUGUCCAGAAAGAAAGAUUUCUAACCAGAAAGAUAUGGAUUUCUGCACUGAAUGUCAAGAAGAUGAAUAUUCCAAUUUUCAACAGAACCAAUGCAUCCCAAAGCUUUUAAACUAUCUGUCCUAUAAAGAGCUACUAGGGAUCACUUUAAUGGGUUUUUCAAUUGUAUUUGCUGUGUCAACAAUUUGGGUGCUUAGAACUUUUUGGAAACACCAGGACACUCCUAUAGUCAAAGCAAACAACCGAAACCUCACCUAUACUCUUCUCUUCUCUCUCUUUCUUUGCUUUCUUUGUUCUCUCCUCUUCAUUGGAAAACCAACUUCUACCACAUGUAUUCUCCGACAAACAGCCUUUGGGAUUGUCUUCUCUUUGGCCCUUUCCAGUGUUUUGGCCAAAACAAUUACUGUUGUUCUAGCCUUUGUGGCUACCAAGCCUGGGUCUAAGAUGAGGAAAUGGUUAGGGAGAAAAUUGGGAAAUACUAUCGUCAUUUCCUGCACCACUAUCCAAGUGUGCAUUUGUUCUCUUUGGCUGUUUACUUCUCCACCAUUCCCAGAUAGGGACUUAAACUCUCUCCAUGAGGAAAUUAUUCUGGAAUGCAAUGAGGGCUCAGUUACCAUGUUUUGUCUUGUCUUGGGCUAUAUGAGUUUUCUGGCCAUGGUCAGUUUCUCUGUGGCUUUCUUUGCCAGAAAAUUACCAGACAGUUUCAAUGAAGCCAAAUUUAUCACUUUCAGCAUGUUGGUCUUUUGCAGUGUUUGGUUUUCUUUUGGUCCAAUGUACCUGAGGACCAAAGGAAAGUUUGUGGUGGCUGUUGAAGUCUUCUCUAUCUUAACAUCAAGUGCUGGGCUUCUGAGUUGCAUCUUUUUCCCUAAAUGCUACAUAAUUGUAUUCAGGUCUGAACUGAACAACAAAGAACAACUAAUAAGGAGAUAA